AUGCCGACCUUUUCCUUUUCUUUUCUUUCCUUUUUGUUUGGGUUUGGACUAAUAAGAAAAAAGCAAAAAUGUCUUGCGUCGGCUGUUGCGAAUUCUACCUGCAACCCGGCUGACGUGAAGUGUACCUGUGAAAGCGAGACGAUUCAAGCAACGUCGGCAAUCUGCAUCGCGGGCACCUGCACGGUUCGGGAGUCUCUAACCACCAAGAAUGCGACAAGCACACUCUGUGGUGUUCCCAUCCGUAACAAGACUCCCAUCUUCGCCAAUGUCACCAUCGUUCUCGGUGUCAUCGCCGGUGUUAUUGUCGUCUUGCGUAUUGGCUCCAAGAUUGGCCUGGGACUGGGCCUCGCCCCCGACGACUAUGCCAUUCUCGUGACGCUCGCGUGCGGCAUUCCUUCUUCGGUCAUGAACGUUCGAGGCACCGGCGGAAACGGAGAGGGCAAGGACAUCUGGACACUGCCGUUCGAUAUGAUUACCCGGUUCGGAGUGUACUUUUACACCCUCGAGAUUUUAUAUUUCGCCCAGGUUAUGCUUUUGAAGAUGACGCUUUUGCUCUUCUAUCUUCAAAUCUUCCCAGGACCGGCCAGGAGACUGUUAUGGGCAACUGUUGUUGUAAACGCGAUAUUUGGAGUUUCGUUUAUGCUUCUUGCGACUUUCCAGUGCACGCCCAUCAGCUUUUUCUGGACAGGUUGGGAUGGCGAGCACAAGGGCAAAUGUCUUAACAGUAACGCCAUCGGUUGGGCAAACGCAGCAAUCAGUAUCGCCUUGGAUGUUUGGAUGAUUGCAAUCCCCAUGUGGCAAGUCCGCAACCUCAACCUUCACUGGAAGAAAAAGGUCGGCGUGGCAAUCAUGCUCCUUGUUGGUACCUUUGUUACAGUUGUUAGUAUCGUCCGACUCCAGUUCCUUGUGAAUCUUGGUAGUUCCGCGAAUCCCACCUUUGACCAAGUUGACGUAUCGAUCUGGUCCACCGUUGAGAUUGAUACCGGUAUCAUCUGUACCUGUUUGCCAUCCAUUCGAUUGUUCUUGAUCCGCGUAUUCCCCAUCCUGGGUGGCUCUUCGCACAAGAGGAGUGGCUACCAGAAUUACCCGGACAGCUAUGGCAAAUCCGACCACGCAAACAGUCGGGCAAAGACACUGGUUUCAGCCGCCAAGUCUCAAAGUCGGCCAGAGCAUAAUGGGAUUGAGCUCGAGACAAGGUAUGAGGUUCGGUAUAGCACUGAGGAUGAGGCGAGAUUGGUAAGGAUGCAAGAAGGACAUAACAUGAAAUCACCACACGAAGCCAGCGCACGAAGUGUAAAUAGUGCAAGCGAGGUAUCGCUAUAA